GGUAAUGCCAGCAAUUCAAUUCAAGCAUCCUUCUCCAACUAACGAGGAUGGUAUCAAGGCUCCGUCAACCGAGCCAAUGCUUCCUAUCCAUCGUGUUCAAAAACCCAUUUACCCACCACUUCCACAAAUCCGUAAGAACAGAUUCAAUAUUCAAAUCGAAUGGGUUCGUCAUUCAAAACUCACUUGUUCUGCUUACUUGUUGAUUGGUAUUCUUUUGACCACUUACUACUCGGCAUGCUUCAUGACUCAAUAUGGUACCAUCGACAAAAUCUAUGAGAUCAAGCCGAAUUUGGCUCUCAGUGAGCCAGUUCUCACUCGAGUUAUAAUGAUUCAAUGGUUAUUUCUGGCUGCUAGUCUUCUCUUUGGAAUGUCAAUCUAUCGUCGCAUUUUCAUGCCCCUUUAUAUUUUUUUGGCUGUAAUGGCAACUAAUGGCACGCUGAUCUUAUUUGUUGUUAAAGUAAAGCAAUACAUGGAAGGCAAGAUCCGCCAUGAUGAUCUGUCCCUCAAUCUCGUCGGUAUUCUACUUUUCACUGCCACUGCUCACAAUCUAGUCUAUCUCUAUGCAAUGCAUGUUCAUCUCAACUCUCGUGCUUAUAAGAGAGCGAGCCGUCCUGUACAGCAACCAAUCAAGGAAGUUUCACUUUCAAAAGAGGAAAAGAAGGAUCUCAGCGUUGUUGUUUAGAUGCAUUUCUAUUAUAAAAUUGCUUCUAAAAGUUGGAAAGUAGGAUUUUUCAUCUCGAAACUCUGAGAACUUCAAUUGUUUAAUGUAUAUUUUGUAAUGAUUGAAAACGCUUUAAUACAUGAUACUCGUCAUAAAUAAAACUGACUAGCUUCG